CAUGCUUUUUGGUCCCCUGUAGCUUCCUCUUUGCAUGUGUCUCUUACUUUUACUGUAUCUUCUUUCCCUUUGCUAAUUUCUUAAUUUUGGUUUCCUGUCCCAGUUUGUUAGCCUCGAGUUCUUCCUCUUACUCAAAAUCUGCAUAAUUUUGUAUUUUGUCUAUUUUGUAAUCGUUGCAAUCUAGAUGUAUGUUCUUUUUACAGUAGUGAGUCCUCUUCUGCUUGCUCGUCUUUCUGUCUUUGUGGUGAUGGAUCAAGAUAGUUCUUUCCCUUCUCCUCAUUUAGUCAGUCCCCUGUAUAGUCCAAACAAGUAUACUCACCUUCACUGUGCGCAAUGAAUGUGCAUACUUCCUUGUGUAUGAAUGUGUGUGCACGUGGGUGUGCAUUUCAGACAUGGAGAUGAUCUUUGUGUUGCUAUACAUCAUGCUGGUAGCGGGCCAUAUGCCAAUGCCUGUGUCCUCUGCAGCACAGCCAGGACUCUUAGAGAGCCUCCUAAUAGCCACCCAGCAGCGUCCCUGGCUCUGGGGGGUCUAUGUCUUCGCUGUUGGACUUCCUGCCAUUCUCUUUGUUAGCUUCAUGUGGCCUGACAAGAGAUUUGGGCCCCCUGAUCAACAGUAUUACUACAAGAAGUCUGAUGAUGCUCAACCAGAUGAUCCUCAGCUGUCACAGCGGAUAGAUGCAACGGAUACCAGAGGAAAGGCAGCUGUAACGAGGAGGAGAGACACUGGUAAUCAGAAGAAGUGUGACUUAGAACUGAAGGAUCAUUGAUCAGCAAUGCAAAAACACCAGAGAAGAAAGCCAACACACGAGAGGAUGCUGGGUAAUCACCUCUGCGGCCAUAUUGAGGACUGUAUUAUACCGGCGCCCCAAACUCCAAUAAAAUGCAUUGUCUUGAUUAUCCUGACAAUGAUACAAUACUUUGUUAUCUAGGUUGAUAUGAUUACAAUUUGAUUUACUGUCAAUUAUUUGAUUUUUUUCCCUUUUUCUCACUGAGCUCUGUAGGUGCAUUUACAGGUCUUCCAAUGGGAAUGUCAAAAUAAAGACAUAUCUUAAAGAUGCUAUCCAUUGAUAUUUUUGGCUUUCAUUAAUGUCCUUGAUCAUUAAAUCAUUAAAUGGAUGUAGAUUGAUGGAUUGUUACUCAACAGAUUGAAGGUGUGAUGACUUUCUGACUGAAUUAUGGUUUUGAUUAAUUUACAAAUGAAUUGUGUAUGUGAAUGUAAGAUGUUUUUAAAUGAUUUGUUUAUAUGGCAUAGAAAUUGUAUGAGUCAUUUAUUGUGAAUAUUGUUCUUAUCAUUAUGUAAAAAUAAAAUUGUACCUCUAAAAUGAUAUAUUUUAUUCUUAUUAAGAAUAUAAUUUUUUCACCCACAAUACCAAACAUAUCUCUCCCUCCAAGAGUAUUCAAAUUAAAAACUCUUCAGUUUUUUCUAGAUGUAGAAUCAACACCACAAAACAAUACGUAACAAUCAACCUCUGAUGAUCUAUACUGUUGAUUAAUACGUAACAUUGUCUCAUUAUCUCAGGUCUGUCAUCUGGUUGUGCAUAUAAAAAAACUAAAAAACC